GAUUUGCAACAGAGAGGAGAGAGAGGGGGCAGUGAUACUCAGUGACAGAGUACCAUAUACACCCACAUGCGCACACACGCUCUCUCUCUCUCUCUCUUUCGCUCUCUCUGUGUACGCGUGUCUGUAAAUCACUCAUUCAGUUUAGUCACUGUUGUGGGGGGAAACGGUGAGAGGACCUCCAAACCUAUCAUCCAGUCUAUGACCUACGGACACAGGAAGACUGAUUUUUCCACAGAGGACAUUCGUCAGUCAGUCCAUAACUGGACACCAGGGCUGUCUGAGAGUCUGGAGGCAUCAGGCCUGUGGUUGUGUAUGGACUGCUUUUGCACUAAAACAGAGAGGUGGAUUAACACACAACCCUGACACACGGACAAACUCAGUCUGUUCCCAAAGCGCUGGCCAUGUCGUCUCCCUCUCUCCCCAUGCCCUCCCUCCCCCCCAGUCCACUGGCCAUGGAGUACCUCAAUGACUUUGACCUCCUCAAGUUUGAGGUGAAGCCUGACAGUCCUCCUCUUCCUCCCUCCUGUACGCUCCCCAAGUCUGGCCUCCCCCUCGACCCCUCCAGUUCCCCCGGCCCCUACACCAACCACCCUCCCCAGGACUCCAGCCUCAGCUCCAGCCCAUACAACUCCCUGCCCCCCUCUCCAACGCUGAGCGAUGCCCACCCACCUCCCUCAGCCUCCUCCUCCCUCUCUUCUUCCUCCUCCUCCAUCUCCUUUCCCCUGUCCAUCUCAAACAGCUACACCUCUGGCAUCAGUUCUGGCUCUCAGGGGAAUAUGGAGGGUAGCCCCUCCCAUGGGGGUGCCCAGGGUCCUAACCCUGCUUCUUUGGAAGACCUGAUCUGGCUGGCAGCACUGCAGCAGCAGUUUGGAGGGGAGCCGGGGGGGCCUGCAUCCCUGUUGGGGGCAUUGGGAGGAGGGCCAGAACGGGGAGACAGAGAGAGGGGGCCGGUUGGCAGCUUCCUGGGCUGUGAGGACGCAGUGGAGGCUCUACUGAACUCAGCUGCUGCGGCUGUUAGCUCGCAGUUUCCAGUGCUUUCCCAGAGUUCCAGCAGUAACCUCGGGGAUUCAGGAAGUGACAGUGGAGGUGACAUCUCCUGCUCCAAGGGGACAGAUAUGUGCCAUCGUCCACUCCUCUACCUCUCCUCUGGCCCCCAAUCACUCCCUAACGCCAACCCUUCCUCAGCAACCUACCCACAGCCCCAGAGCCCCUCUGGCCGACUUCAUCACCAUCAUCCACAUCAUCAUCAUCACCACCCUCACCACCCCAUGCAUGGCCAUCAUCAUCACCAUCAUCAUCACCUCCAAUGUGGUGGGGUGGAUGAGCGUUUCUCGGACGAGCAGCUAGUGAGCCUGUCAGUGCGGGAGCUGAACAGACACCUGCGCGGCGUCAGUAAGGACGAGGUGGUGCGUCUCAAGCAGAAACGUCGUACGCUAAAGAACCGAGGCUACGCCCAGUCCUGCCGCUACAAACGCUUGCAGCACCGCCACGCACUGGAGUCCGAGAAACACGUCCUCACACAACAGUUGGAACAACUACAGUGUGAGCUCUCUCGGGUGCUGAGAGAAAGGGACGCCUACAAGGCUCGCUAUGAGAAGCUCAUCAGUACAAACAAGGCUCAACCUAUCCGCGCCAACAACUCCCCCUCACCACCCCCUGAUUACUUCCUCUGAGGAUAUACCCAUGGUGGAGGACAGAAAAGUGCGGGAUGUGAGCGGUGUGUGAAAGAGGAGGUCAGCCUAAAUAAGGCUGUCACUGAGUAAUCAGACUUGGGGAGGAAGGGAGGGAGGGUUUGGUGUGUGUUUGCGUGUGUGAAGGUUGGCAGGCGAGUAGUGGGGUUAGGACAAGGUCCUAUAUGACUGUCAAAUUAGCCCACUGAGCAAUCAGGUGGACUGUUAACUAAGGGUUAGAAUCGUUCCCUAUAUUUCUUCAUAAACAGGACUAAUGGUGAAAACUGAUAUCACUGUGACGUUCAUAGUAGGACCAAGACCCAAUGAGACAUUUUCAGGAUGCAUCCUGCACUGGUGAAAUCAGGGCAUUGAAGGGCACAGGUCAUCCUCAGACUGAGCAAUGCGAAACCAAGGGCUUGUCUUCAAUAAAAAGCUCCAUUGUAUAAUUCAUCGCCCCUAUCAACUGAUCUAUGCAUAUUUCUUUCAAGCAGAACAAAUGAAAAGAUGAACUUAUGUCCAGACAAUGGCUGGGUUGAAUCCAUUUCCUGACAACACACUGACAACACACUGACAACACACUGACAAUACACUGACAACACACUGACAACACACUGACAAACACUGACAACACACUGACAACACACUGACAACACACUGACAACACACUGACAACACCCAACACAGUGUGAUGGCGUAGGUCAGCUGGGCUCAUUGGAAACCCAAAGGUCUGAGUAGUGCAGUGGUGCAGGAUGUGUGGUGGUGCAGGAUGUGUGGGGGUGCAGGAUGUGUGGUGGUGCAGGAUGAUCUUCAAGUGUCCAUGACAUGCAGUUGUACUGCAUAAUAUUUCACAGUUGCCUACCAAGAUGUUUUUGCUCACCAAGACGUGUUACUCACUAUCACAUUUGAAAGAUGAAUAAUCAUAGAAAAAGAAUGUAAAAGGAUCAUUUUCCUGAGAGUAUUAUUGUGGUUGUGCUAAAUGAAUAAAGAGAUUUAUAGAUUUAUGCAUUUAGAAAAAGCAUGCAAACGAAUCCAUACUUUGCUUGUUGAAAAUAACAAAACUAUGACAAUGACGAAUAAUUGCAGUGUGCUAUCUGUGAUUGGUGUUUUGUUUCAAGAGGAUGAAUGGACAUCCCAAGAGAGCUCUUCUGUCAACUUGUACUGUAGGAACGCCACAAUCAAUCAGUUUUCCCACUAAGACGUGAAGCAAGAGACUGUGGUUGAUGUAGUUGUUGUGGUCAAUUUGGUCUGUACAAAGAAAAUCCACAAAAAAAGGCAACGGAGUGCAAAAUGAUAUGUGUGACUGUGUACUGUCUUCAAACUUUAAUAUUACAAGCUAGGGUGUGCUGAAAACACUUUUGUAAGAGAGCGACAACCAUAAUGCAACAAGCACCACAGAGCUGGACACUGUGGAUUCUCAAAGACUGGGGUGAAAUGCAAGAAAAUGCAGACAUUCAGAGACAUUUCAUGAAAUUUUUACCAGGGUAGCUACAUUAGAGCUAUUUGUUUCGGCUAGGUGUAGGUUAAUUCAUUGAUUCAUCUGUUUUAUGUAUUCACUUAUUUAUUCACUGUAUUUAUUCAUUGUUUAUUUAUGUACCAAUUCUUACUAUUUUCAUUUUACUGGUUUACAAUUUCAUCUACAAGCUUAGUGUGUACUUUUAUUUCCAAGCAGGAUAAAUCAAUAUUUCAAUUAUCUUUCUGAUUAUUUUCAAUAGUUGGAUUACAAUCAUUAUUGCCAUCAUGGCUUAUGCACCUGUUGUAGUGUGGUUUCCUAUGAAAUAAAGACAAUAUUUUUACCAUC